AUGACGCGCAUCCCGAGCCCCGGAGGGGGCGGGCCGGCCGAGCGCCGCGCUGCUGCGCGCACCUGUCACCGCCGCCGGCGCGGGCCCAGGUGCAGCCCCGAGGCCGCCCGGGGCCGAGCUCGGGCCGGGAGAGCCGCGCCGAGCGCACACCGCCUCCGGGCCCGGGUCCGAGGCCCCGACCGAGGACAGCGGCGCGCGCGCCCUCCCGCCCGACCUGUCCCUUCCCGGCGCCGGUGCCCGCCGCCGCCACGGUCCUCCGCAGCUCACGACGCGGCUCGGGGUCCCUGCUGCCGAAACAUCGCGAGAUUUCCCCCGCGAGCAGGACGGCUGUGGCAAAGGACUCACUUUUUAAUCACAGCGCACAUCUCUGCAAUGGGCCAAGGAAUUUGCCAUGGUGACACUGGAAUUCGGAGUACCACAAUGCAGCCAGAUAAACGGUUCAGAGGAUGAGAAGAAUGAAAGACUUCACGAUAAAGAGAAACAGGACAGGAGUUGGAAGAAACGGCUCCGAAGCACAGUCUCGUCAGUUAAGGUGGCCUGGAAGAGUCACACGAGACGCUUCAUGUUCCAGAGGCUGUCAGUUUUCCUCACCUCUCAAACACAGAUGAUAAAACUUGUGUGUAUCUUCUUCUACUAUAAAGAGAACGGAAUUAAAUAAUGUUGAUAAAAGGGCUUUGUAAAUUACAGAAUGCUGUAUAAAAGCAAAUAGUUAUUUCAGAAACAACACUAGGACGUCGCUGGAGUACCAUGUGUCAUGGCAUGGGCUUCCAUUUAACGGGGCUGCUUGGUUUCAGGUGCUUCAAGGGGACUAUCAGUGACAAGGCUAUGUCACGUUUCUCUCUGAAGGAAUUUCUAGGUGGUUCUGAGAAUAAAAUUCAAAGAAUAUUUAGAAUUUUGAUUUUAGUUUUGCUAAAUCACCCCAAUGCUAUUUCAGUGAUUUAUAUGUGUUUUGAGAACUAUCAGAUUUCCCCAUUGUCAUUUGCUCCCCAUUCCUUAAACCGAAUUCCAACCUCAUAAACAGUAAACUAGAAACAGAUGUGUAUAGAAGAACCACUGGUCAUCUUUGUAUUCCAGAUGUCUUGGAAUUCUACGAUAUAAUCAAAAGGAUUUGAAAAGAUCUUGUGCUGGGGCCCGGGUUGUGGCACAGGGGGUUAAGCCGCUUCUGGUGGUGCAAGGCAUCCUGUAUCAGAGUGCCAUCUGAGUCUGGCUACUUUGCUUCCCACCCAGCUUCCUGUUAAUGCACAAAUGAAACUAGCGGGUGACGCCCCAAACACCCAUGUGGGAAGCCAGAUGGAAUUCCUGGCUCCUGACUUUGGCCUGGUCCAGCCCUAGCUAUGACACCUGUUUGGGGAGUGAGCCAUAUAGGCUAGAAGCUCUCUGUCUCUUUUUCCCUUUCAAAGAAAUAAAUAAUAACUAAAUAAAUAAUAUUAAAUGAUAUUUAAAAAGCAAAGAUCUUGUGGAGCUAGUUUUGCUAUACUGAAAGUUAACAUGGAAUAGUGAGGGUUCAUUUCGUUUGCUGUCCCUUCUGAAAUAAAACAAACAUCAGGUAUUUCUAGGGUUGAGUUCCUGUUUUUUUUUUUUUUUUAAUCAAAACAAUUUUUUAAAAAAAUUUUUGACAGGCAGAGUGGACAGUGAGAGAGAGAGAGAAAGGUCUUCCUUUUCCAUUGGUUCACCCCCCAAUGGCUGCUGCGGCAGGCGGCCAGCGCACUGCGCUGAUCCGAAGCCAGGAGUCAGGUGCUUCUGGUCUCCCAUGCAGGUGCAGGGCCCAAGCACUUGGGCCAUCCUCCACUGCACUCCCGGGCUACAGCAGAGAGCUAGACUGGAAGAGGAGCAACCGGAACAGAAUCCAGGGCCCUGACUGGGACUAGAACCCGGGGUGCUGGCACCACAGGCGGAGGAUUAGCCUAUUGAGCCGCGGCGCCGGCAAAUCAAAACAAUUUUUAAAAAAGAUUUAUUUUAUUUUAUUUUAAGGUAGAGUUACAAAGAGAAAGAACAAAAGAGAAAGAGAGAAUCUCCCAUCUGCUGGUUCACUCCCCAAAUGGCUGCAACAACUGGGGCUAGACCAUGCAGAAGCCAGGAGCCAGGACGUUCUUCAGAUCUCCCACAUGGGUGCAGGGGUCCGGGGACUUGGGCCAUCUUCUGCUGCCUUCCCAGGAUAUUAGCAGGGAGUCUGGACUGGACGUGAACCAGCAUCUAUAUGGGAUGCCAACAUGGCAUGUGACAGCUUUACCUAUCAUACCACAAUGCUGGCCCCCCAACAAAAGCAUUUUUCAUAAUACUAAAAUUAAUUUCAAAGCUGAAAUUUCCCUAAUAUUCAGGACUCCUAUAUCCAAUGGCAUACUUGAUAUUCCCACUUAAUUUCAGUGUUGGCUGUUUAAAACAGCAUGGACAGAACAGAAUUCUUGGUAGCUUACCUGCUACCUCUCUUCUCAAAACACAUUGUUUACCCCAGUCUUCCCUUUCUCAACUGAUGAAACCAUUACUCAGUUACUGUCUUAUCGUUCAGUUAAAAAUCUGUUUCCAUGAUUCUUCUACUUUACCCUACAUAUUUAAAUCAUCAACCAAUUUUCUGACUUCACUCUAAAACACAGCCUUAAUAUUUUUGUUACUUUCCAUUUCUGUUAUUACCCUAUUAUACAUAAGCCCCCACCUCUUUCUCUCACAUUUUUUAGCCAUUUAACAGAAACUACAGACACAAUGUUUCAUUACCCCUAAAUACUUCAGUGUUUAAUUUCCAAAUGUAAGGAGGUUCUCUUAAAAAGCCACAAGUUUUAAAACAAGGAAGCUCUCGUUGAUGUAAUACUUUUACCUACUCUAGAGAACUUUUUCAGAUUUCUCCACAGAUGUAAAUAAGAGAUACUCACUUUUAAUACCUUAAGUCUACAGAACAACAGAACUGUGUUGUCCUCAUGAUGGCAAGCACAGUCCAUGAACAGCAGGACUAUGGAAUCUGUUCUUCUAGUUGUUUAUACAGCACCUUUAUGAAAACUCAAGAAAGGAAGUGGGCGACUGGGUAUGCCUAGCACUGCCUUGUGGUGGAUCUCUCAUUCGUAACUUGAAAUGUCUGGUCUUUAGUCCCAUCACAACUGUAAGGUAUGGAAGGUGACCUCUGAGGACCCCCUGGUUCUGCAAUUCCAUAAUUUAGGGAUGGCUUGUCUCAGGCUGAACUCUGGCACUGUGUUGAGACUGUUAGCAGCUGGGUUCCCAGCAUGAAGGAAGUGGUGAUGAAAGACAAUUCUUGCCCUCAAGGUCCUCACAGGCUGCUGUCCGAGCUCACGUACCGGGGCAAGGAUGUAGCUUGGGAGGAAGACGCGAGUGAAACCGGGGCUCUCUCUGCUCUAGGAUUUUAAUUCUGAUAUUCUGAUUAACGAACUUGGACUGUGAAAGCUAAACGUUACCAAUAAUUACUUUUGCAAUAUUUUUCCUAGAGAUAUUUGAAGAAUAAAAGGAAACUUCCAGAAUGCUUGUAGUGAGUUCCUAUUUCCCUCCACACUUCAGGGUCAAAACAGAACGAUUGGAAAGGAGAGAUGAGAUCAGGGCUUGUGACUUUCAGUUACUGGCUCAGAUGAGAUGACAAACAGGACAUGUUAGAAGA